UCAAGAGUUCAUCAUGUCGGACCUGCGCUUAACCUUAUCACAACGAGUGAAGGAGGAAGGUUUGAAAAUUGACUUCGAUCCAUAUGGAGACGGAAUGUGCUUCUAUGCCGCAGUUGGCCAUCAGUUGGGCAUGAGUGCAAACGCAGUACACUCGAUGGUGUUCAAUUAUCUUAAACACCAUAGAUAUGACGAAAAUGGAGAAGAUCGUUUGAACUUUCUGUGUAGCAUUGAUUUGGGCAAUGCAGAUGUUCCUGACUCGUGGGAAAAAGCCUUGGAUAUCCUUAAGAAGAACUUUGCCAAUUCAAUGGUGGUUAGAGCAAUUCCGGAGCUAUUUCACCACGAAGUUGUAGUUGUAACUGUACAUGGUAAAACAAGUGCCAAUUUUGUGAAAACCUUUGCCCCCACUACAGGACCAGCUAUUGGCAAGUUAUAUUUCGGGCAUACCGGCAACCAUUAUGUUGCAUUAAAGCCACUACCUGCCAUGGUAGAUCUAUCUAAGGAUGGAACAAAUGAAUAUUGCGAACCUUCAAAGCCAAAUACCUCUCAUGAUAAGUCAAAGAAAAGAAAAAAAUACCAAAAUAUGGAAUGGUGGGAUAAUGUAGAACCAGACUGUGAACCCGGCGAUUGCAUAUUCAAAGGCAGAGUUCUUGGCCUGGCAAAAAAGGAAAUAAUUGAUCUUGAUGAUGAUGUCAUCACUUUAUCAAGUGCCGAUAGUUCGCCAAUAAAACAUUGCAUAGAUAAGGUUGUAAAAAAUCCACAAGUUCAAAAUCACGUCAAAGAUAACAUUGUAGUGUCAUCAGAAAGUGCAAGUGACCAGGAAUUGUUGGAGCCAGUUUUUGAAACGAAGAUUAGGACAUCCGAAUGCGUCAAAAGCAAAACUCCUUUAAGACCUAAAUUUGAACAAAACGAACCGUCUAGUGAUGAGAUGGAUGAAAAUGGGUGGAAUGUUCAAGGCAAAAGACAAAAAUUUGACCCCGCAAUGUGGUACUGUGUGGACGCAGAGGAAGUGAAAGAGCUGCCUUUUGACAUCAAUGGCCUUAAAGUGUACCAUGUCCCUUACACAGCCGAUAAACGAGAUGUGCAGGAUGGGAGAAGAUGGAAACCUUGGGUUACCUCAAGCCGUAAAGGAUUUACAGGAAAACGGAAUGUGCAAUCAUGUAAAGGCUCUUAUAUUUGUUCCUGGGAUGAUUGCUGCUAUAAAAAGGAAUUCUCAAAACCCAACAGGGUACAAUUCUUUAGCGCAAAUGGAAAAAUGCAUUGCAGAUCUUGCAAUAGAAAAGGAGUUUAUAUCCCCUGCCAAGCGAGAAAGAUCAGCGAAUUUCCAAACAAAUCAAAUAUAGCUACCAUUUACCACAUUGGCAAUCACACCUGUACUGCUGUACCAAAGCCUAAAGUCAAUACACAUCAUGACAUCGAAGAAAUGUUUAAAGCAAAUCAAAAGAUGAAACCAUCAGCUGUCCCAACAGCAAAGUUGACUUCUAUGAUUAGAGAAGGAAAAUCGUGGGAGGAAAUUGAAGAAAGUGCAGAAGGAAUGCUAGACAAGAAUAAAAUAAAAAACAUUAAAUCAAAAGUGGUGAGCAGUAUGCACCCAAAUGGUAACAAUUUUGAUGCAGUGGUGGAGAUAAAAAAGAAAACUGAUGAAAAAGACCGAUAUCUUAUAUGGAAGAUAAACAACCGCCACUUCAAUUGUAAUGGCCAAGGAAGCUAUGUAUUUAAGAUGAGCAAAGAAAAGGCAGAAAUGUGUGUGCAAAUGGAUAUGCAAAAUAGUGAACAUCCCUUGUCCAAGGAGUUUUGUUUCCUGGAUGCUGUCCAUAGCAGAUGCCAAGGGUUUAAGACGUUGACGUUGUGGGUAUGGCACCCUACAUUGAAUGAGCUCAUCAACUUAGCUACAAUGGAAUGUGAAGCGGAAAGCAGUGAAAUUAUACAAAUAUUCUGGACUAACGUCAAUGAAGUACUUCAAGAUCUAACAGGCGACAUAACAUACCUCUUUAAUCCGACUGGGUGGAUGUUUGAUGAAGCGGGUGCAAAUUGGGAUGCUGUUGAAAAGAUUUUUGGAAAAGACGCACGGGCAAACCGGUCUGUUUCCUGUAAGUUCCAUUUCUUCCAGUGCGCAAGGCGGCAAGCAAGUGGUAACUGGAGUGAAAAGUCAAAGGGCGUUUUCAAUGAACUUGUUAGAAAUAUAAGCGAGGCACUUACGCCUUACCUCUAUGAUCAGGCAAGGAGAAAACUUCAAGCGUUUGCAGAAGAAAAAAAAGGUAAGAGAGGCCACAUAAUCGGCUGGUUCAAAUGGUGGCACCAAAGGAGAACCCAUAUAUUUGAUGCAUUUAAAUGUGACGCCCCUCUUACACCUACUGUCAACUUGGCGGAGGUUGGCCACUCCAAAUGGGCCAAAAAAGGAGCAUAUAGGUUGUCGCUAGCAUUGGCAGCAGAAGAAGAUGUAGCUGAGGCUAUUCUCCUUUCAAAAAAGCUAACAGCAUUUGGAUUUGGCUCGUAUAAAGGAGGAGCUAAACGCAGCCAAACCGACAGGCUUAGGUUGAGCCACAGUCAGCAAGUGGCAAGAGCAAAAGCGUUCGGUGAUGAAGUUGCAAAUAGCAAUGUUGAAAGUGAACUGUAUAAUGCAGCUGAGUCAUCACGUAAUAGUUCAGUUGAUCCUACUUGUUCUCAUCGAGCAACAAAGAAAGGACGGAAAAGACGUCUUGAUGKCGACCUUCAAUCAUCCGACUCCGACGACGAUUCUGGACAGGAAAAAAGACAAUCGAGGGACGGGAGAUUUCGAUCUAGGCCUAGCAAGGCAUUCCAAAGAUCGCUGGAGAAGGCAAAGACUGGUCAAUUUUCUCUCGUAGACUCCACUGAGUCUGGAAAAAACGAAAGAUCUUUUACAUUAAAGUCAGGUUGCAAUGUCUAUGAAGUGAUCAUCUCAAAAUCACCUACAUGUGAUUGUCCAUUUUCAAAUAAUGUCAACGUAUGUAAACACGUAAUUCAUGUCUUGUUGAAAUACUUUAAUAUAAAAGAAAAUGACUAUCUCUUAUACCAAAAAACUUUUACAUCAAACGAGGUAGAAAAACUGUAUCAACACUUGGAUGUACAUCCCCGAAGCACUUCAAAUACCAUAACGGAAACUCAGCCAUGCGCCGAUCACAGCCAAUCGACAUGGGUUGUAACAAAGCUAAAAAAACAGCCUGGACCAAAGCCAUCGUGUGCUAGGUUCAGCUGUAGAAAAAAAUUCUUACCUGGAGACCUUUGCAUUUCCGUAGAAGGUCUAUAUACGCCUCCUAAUAAAGAUCUAAACGGAAAUUCUUUUGAAGUAAAACGCAACUUUCGAUUUUGUGUAAACAAAGAAUGCGUUUCAGUCAGGCCAAAAAAUAGCAGUCUACAAGUACCUCCAUCUAAAAUAGUCUUAGAUCAACAGGAAACAUUUACUGCGAAAGAGAUCCAAAUUUAUACACAGUUUAAUAUGUAACGUUUUGAGU